AUGACAGUAGGAUACUUCGACAACGACUCAACGAACGACAGAGAAGUCAAAUCUCUGCCACUGGUUGUCGAUGAGCUCGCUCGCGAAUACUCCGAUCAUGUCUGGAUGAAAUUGCCCAAAGAUGCAGAGCUCACCACAGGCUGGCGAGACAUCACAUAUAAAGAGCUUGGAAAUGCCGUCGAUGGAAUGGCAAGAUGGAUGGGACGGGUAUUCGGCAUUGGACGAAGAGCUACAGACGUUGCUGCAUACAUCGGGCUGAACGAUGUACGAUAUGCUGUCGCUCAAGUGGGCUUGAUCAAGGCUGGAUACAUGACCCUUCUGCCCUCGCCUCGAAACUCGCAAGAGGGACAAGCAUCGCUGUUCUCAACCACGAAGUGCAAGUACCUUUUGUACAGUGAGGGAGUGGAUGCGUACGUGGAGACAAUAAAGUCUGCUGUGCCAGGUGUGCAAGCUGUCCGUAUUCCCUCCUUCGAUGAGCUGGUCCAACAAGGAGCGAAGGCGACAACACCCUACCCAGGAGCAUAUGGGAACCGAGUUGAUGACAAGGUACUCAUUCUACACACUUCCGGGUCGACUGGAUUGCCCAAGCCCAUUUAUCACACAAACGGAUCCAUCGAUACGCUGGGCCAGCUUCGAAACGUUCCAGCACCAAAAGGUCGACAGAACAAUAUGAACGCACUAUUCGCAACCGAAGAACUGCUGUUCGCCAUGGCACCAUUCUUCCACAUGAUGGGCACCGUCGUAGUAUGGACCUCACUACUGUGCAGACGGCCAGUCUGCUAUGCACCUCCCACGAAGCCACCGACCCCAGAUCUCAUCAUCAAAUGCUUGAAUCAGACGAAGCCUGAUGUCGCACUGGCUCCUCCAUCGGUGAUCGAAGAAAUCGUCGAAGCCCCAGGAGGCUUAGACGCCAUCAGCCACCUCAAAUUCGUGUUCUACGGCGGCGGCCCAUUAGCCAACGGCACCGGAGACAAAAUCAAUCAAGUCAGCCGCGUCGUGGCAGUGAUCGGAUCCACAGAAGCAGGACUCGUGCCUGCACGAAUUACCGAAGACAAAGAUGAUUGGAACUACUUCGAGUGGUCACCGGGCUGUGGCGUCGACAUGGAAAAGGAUGGCGAAGGUCUGCAUGAGAUGACGAUCAAGCCAGCAGACAAGCGAGUGCAGGCAAUCUUCCAUACCUUCCCAGAUAUUUCGGAGUGGCGUACCAAAGACCUCUUCGAAGAACAUCCCAAGCGAAAAGGUCUUUGGACUUAUCGGGGCCGGAAAGAUGAUGUGCUCGUCUUGAGUAAUGGAGAGAAGUUCAAUCCUGUCGGGUUUGAAAAGACGCUAGAAAGCUAUGCCGCAAUCAAAGGAGCACUAGUGGUAGGCCAAGCACGGUUCCAGACAGGUCUGAUCAUUGAGCCUGAGUGGCACUUGGUAAAGCACGAUGAUCCAGCCGAGUUAGUGGACGAGCUCUGGCCGCUCGUUGAACGAGCCAAUGCUGCCGCACCAGCACAUGGGCGCGUCUGGAAAUCCAAGAUCGCGAUCACGAAGAGGGAAAGACCAUUCAAGCGUGCACCGAAAGGGUCGAUCGUCCGCCGACAAACCCAAGAACUGUACAAGAACGAGAUCGACGCUCUCUACUCGAACGAAGGCAGCGAUAAUGAGCUUGGGCCAUUGAGCAGGGACGUAGAUGCUGCAGGAGCGAAGGAAUAUCUCCGUCGAGCAUGCAAGGCUAAAGACUUCGCGAUUCCGGAAGAUGCCUCUGACGACACAGACAUCUUCAGCUACGGCAUCGACUCGCUCCAAGUGAUGGCACUGUCCUCGACACUCAGUCACGCCACGGGAACUUCAGUCUCGCCUCGGGUCAUAUACAGCAAUCCUACGAUCAAUGGUCUUGCCCAGUACCUGAGCCACGGAAAUGACGGAGAUGCGCUGGCUGGAGCUCAACAGACGAGUCGUGAGGAGAUCAUGGAGAAGAUGAUACAGAAGUACACGUCUGAUCUGUCGGCCGAAUCAGCUCGUGAAAGUGUUUCACGUCCUGACAAACACACCGUCGUCCUCACCGGCUCGACUGGCUCACUUGGCAACCACAUUCUACAAGAACUCAUUGCCUCUCCCGACGUCGCACACAUCUACGCUCUCAACCGCUCAGAAGACGCCGGUUCCCGACAAGCCAAGCAAUUCGAAGAUCGAGGAAUCGCAGCAGACUUCAGCAAAGUCACCUUCCUCGCCACAAACUUCGGCAAAGACCACUUCGCCAUCCUAGAUUCCACCUACAACGAAAUGCUCCAAAGCGUUGACAUUUUCAUCCACAACGCCUGGGCCGUAGAUUUUAACAAAACCCUCCCAACCUACGAAGAAGCCCACAUAGCCGGUACCCGUCGCGUAAUCGACUUCAGUCUCGCCUCAACCCACAACGCCCACAUAAUCUUCAUCUCCUCCAUCGCAAGCGUAGGAAAUUGGUUCGCCAGCAACCCCAACGAUAAACUCGUGCCCGAACGACUCUCCUCAACACACUCCGUCGCCCUCCCCCAAGACUACGGCGAAUCCAAACACGUCGCUUCCACGAUCCUCGCCCACGCAGCCGAGACCACUCAUACACCAGUAACAAUCGUCCGCGCAGGCCAACUGGCGGGUUCAGCAAAAAGCACAUCCCCCUGGAACCGCCACGAAUGGCUCCCAAGUCUAAUCCUCACCUCUUCAUCCCUCAACCUCAUCCCCUCAACCCUCGGAACUCAAGAUACAAUCGACUGGGUCCCAAUGGACUUGGCCGCGAAAUCAGUCUUCGAAAUAUCCACCACCUCCUCUUCAACCACCUCCUCACUAACUCAAGUAACCCACCUCGUCAACCCCCACACCUCAACCUGGCAAACCUCCCUCCUCCCAACAAUCCACUCCCGCCUUUCCUCCGCAAAAAUAGUCCCAUAUUCAGACUGGCUCGAGAAUUUGAAAGCAACUCCAGUCACUCCCGAAGAACUCGAAAAGAAACCAGGACUCAAAAUUCUAGAUUUCUACGAAGCGUUACAAGCAGAAGGAGGAGGUGGACUACCACCGAUGGACACAGUCGAAACACAGAAAGUGAGUGAGACAGUAAGAACGAUGCCGGCGAUUGAUGGGAAAAUGAUGGAGAAGUGGUUGGGGGAGUGGGGACUCUAG